AUGGCAUGCCAUGAUGCCAAUAGGAGCAACGCCGUGAAACCCAGCAAGACAGCUCAGAUUGGCUGGGAGCACCAACCUACGUACCGUACGGUAGAUACAUCAUGCCUAGUCAUCCCAUCCCAUAUGCUAGGUGCUGUCCUGUAUUUAAUCAUGCCUGGUGCUGCUGCUGCUGUCACCGCUCGCCGCUCGCCCUCGUCCAGUCUUGAUCAUUAUUCUUGCUGCACUGCUCGAUACUACUACUGCUACUACUACUACUACUACUACUACUACUACUACUACUACUACUACUACUACUCGCACGCCCAACAACUGCCGUCCGUGUCCAUCCAUCGUAUGCGUAACGAUUCUUGUGUCGUUACGUUUUAGUGUCGAGCAGGCCCACUCGUAGCCACCGAAGCUGACCCUCUAUACGCUGUAUUGGGAGCACUCCCGAGACGGCCGGCAAGCUGGAUUCGCACGCUACUUCCACUCACCUCCCUUCUCCCCCGCCGCCGCCCCUCGACCCGUCUUCUUCCUCUUCAUCCUCGCCCUCCGUUGGCACGCCGAGCUCCGAAUCCACCGACGACAGCACCUGCCAAGCCCUUGAGCCGAGGCGAGGGCGAGACGACGAUACUUUCUACCACUGGCACAAAAAGGCCGCCGGCUACGGUCACUCGAGCGCCGACGAGUUUACGAGCGACGACCUCCUCUUUCCCACCGACGAGGACGACGACAUCCACCUGCCUCUCUUCCCCUCUGCGUCGCCCCUGCCGCAGAUCCGUGCCAUGCCGUCCGCAUCUUCGCCCAUCGAGAUCGGCGGCAGCCGCCAGAACUCCAACAGCCCGCGCACCCAGACCUCCAACCUGACCGCACAGCUGCAGCACAGCCAGUCGAAUCGAAAUGACUCGGGACUCACCGCAGGCACACCCGACGUCAAGGGACGUCAAGAGUCGUCCACGCUGCUGGGCACGACUCCGUACGGCGCACGCCAGAUCCCCAUGCCGGGCAACCAGCGGCGCGAGAGCUAUAUCCCCGGUGGGAGCCUGAUGGGCGGCAUGAGCUGGGGCGGGAUCUCCAUGGGCAGCUUCAUUCGAGACGAGUGAGUACUCCAGAACGAUGCGCCAGUAGUAUGCUGCUCGCCAACUGACACUCGGAUCCAGCAUACUCAUGACCGGCACAUCACCCUAUAACUUCCAGUCGCCCUCCCUCCACUCCUCUUCGUAUCUGCCCAAGAUGGAGGCAAACUACAUGAAGGACUACGUAUGUUGCGAUAUCCACCUCGACUCCAUGCACGAGCUCCUGCAGCACUACGAGGAGGCACAUGCGGCGCAACCUACACAGACGAUGGGCAGGACACCGAAAGAGCAGCAGUACCCCAGCAGUCGGGCGGCGAAUGCCACGAGCACCGCUCAAGCAGUUCAGCAACAAUCGCAGACUCACCAGGGCAACGUGCCUCGACAACCUCACAUGCAGCAGCACCACCCUGCUCAGCCCUCUCCCCUCUUCAGCAGCGACCAGAGUCAGGACCACAUCGGCACCUUUGACAAUCUGGAUGACAUGGACAUGGACGAUGGCACUCCCGCUCCGCACAUGCAGCAGUCGCAGGGCUCCCAAUUCCAGCCUCAACCGCAAUUCGGUCGCCAGCAACCCCGUGGUCCUUCCGUAAAUGUCAAUCUGGCCAACGCUUUCCAAGGUCAGGGACUCAAUUCUGCGACUCCAACGACACCACACGCCACUCAACAAGGCAUGGGCUUCUCGCACAACCCGACAGUCUCUUCGGUGAACACUCCAUCACUGACUACCCAGACAGCCACACAACAGACCGCCACCCCAGAUCCAUCGCAACCAAGCACACCUGCUGAACUAGACCCCGACUUUAUUGCUCAGAUGGGCAAUCUCAGCAAUUCCGACUAUCAACAGCUCAUGCAGGGAAAUAUGGACUUCAGCAGCCUCAAUGGCAUGGGCAACCUGAGUAAUGGUGGGUCUGCGACCAUUGACAACCCUGAGAAGCGGCUGCUGAGCAAACAAGGCUACGGCAACAAGGGCUUCCCGAACCCGGCAUUUGCAAAUGCUCAGAACAGCGAAUUGACGAAGCGUGUGCGUGACACGCAGCUUCUCAACGGCCUCGCUGGUGUGGGUGGUUUCGUUGGGGAAGAGAUCAAGCCAUUCAAGUGCCCUGUCAUUGGAUGCGAAAAGGCUUACAAGAACCAAAAUGGUCUCAAAUACCAUAAGCAACAUGGCCACCAGAACCAGCAGCUCAAGGAGAACCCUGACGGAACAUUCUCGAUUGUCGAUCCUGCCACCUCGAUCCCCUACCCCGGCACUGUUGGCAUGGAGAAGGAGAAGCCAUACCGAUGCGAAGUGUGUGGCAAGCGAUACAAGAACCUCAACGGUCUGAAGUAUCAUCGCCAACACAGCCCGCCAUGCAACCCGGAGCUGCGCAACAAUGUCGCCAACCUGCCCAGCAUGCCCAACAACCUGCAAAAUUUGAAUGCCAAUGUUGCGGGCGCGGGUCUUCUCAGCAUGAACGGAAUGAACGAGGGGAUGGGCUACUCGUAG